CACACACUCCUGGUCCUGGAUGGAGGCAGCUCUUUUGGCCUCAUGUGCAUCCAGUUGGCGUGUUACCACGGAGUGAAGGUUUUUACAACGUCACACACAGCAGAAGAACACACAUUCCUGGAGCAGCUUCGACCCAGCGUGGGUGUUCAGGACGCGUUAGUAGCAAAGGUGAUCCCAGUGUAUAAAGACCAAUCAGAGCUGCUCUCCGUGGUUAUGGAGGAGACGGGAGGACUGGGAGUGGACAUCGUCAUCGACUCUGGAGUGCGUCUUCAAGAGAAAGAGUCCGAUGAGACGAAGCUCCUCCCACACAAACAUGACAUCAUCAGUGUGCUGGGAGUGGGGGGGCACUGGGUCACAUCCCACAAAGAGCUGCAGUUGGACCCUCCAGAUUGCCGACUGCUGCAUUUGAAAUCUGCCUCUCUGACGUUCCUCAACCACGAGGUGUGGACGGCUUCUUCCGCCCAGCAGGGAAGAUACCUGCAUAUCCUGAAGGACAUCGUGGAGAAGAUGUCCACUGGAGUACUCAGACCUCAGCCUGAGGAGGCCGUCCCUCUCUACGAAGCCACGGUUACCAUGGAGACCGUGCAGCGCCACCAGAAGAAAAAGGCCGUUGUUCAACUCUGACCAAAUUCAUGUAAAAUGUACAUGGCUAAAACUCACAGGAAUCACUUCACAUCUGCAGUUUCAUCAGCUGUUUGUCAUGUAAUGUACAACUUUCAUACUAAAUAAACCAACGAUAAGUCUCACAAUA